AUGAAUUUCGAUAAGUUUGUAUAUUAAGUUGUAUAUUAAAAAUAAAGAUAAAUAAUAGAAUAGGUUGGUCAAGGACGAUAGGGUUGGUUUAGGUUGGCCCAUUAGUUUAUUUCAGGGGUUGAGAAACUCUAAAAUUCUGAAAACCUAUCUAUUAUUGAUAAAAUAUAAGGAUUAGAAGAUUAAAUCAAGAAAGGAAAAAAUUCUUAAAAUUUUAUGAAUGAAAAAAUAUAAUUGGAAAAAUUAAAUAAUUGA